AUGGCGCCACAGGACAUGAAGAUACCCCCGCGAAGCGGUGACGUCCCGGAUGAUGGUGACUCUGACUUGGGCGACUUUGUGACUACGGAGGAAGAAGAGGGUGAUAUCGAAUACUACUGCGAGGACAGUUCUAGAUAUAACAGCGAGGCGUCAAGAGCCUUCUAUCCAAUAUGCAUAGGAGAAAUCCUCAGUGACAGAUACCGCAUCGACCAUAAACUCGGACACGGCGGCUUCUCUACCGUUUGGCUAGCUUACGAUCUUGAAAAGAAAACGGUCGUGGCUCUUAAAGUCACCGACUCGAGUGAGAAAGGCAAAUAUGAAGCUCAGAUACCCGAAGAGAUCAUUCGACGUGUCAAGGACACUUCCCAUGUUCUCACCUACCUGAGGGCCUUUUCGCUCCAAGUCGAAGCGUCCAAUCGCCACCAAGUUCUGGUAUUUCCCUGGGUCGGCGAAUGUCUCACCUUUCCUAAGCUCGAAAAACUAUCAAUGGCCUCACGGAUGUUAGCUGCUAGGCAAAUGUUUGAGGCUCUUAAUCAUCUACAUAGGGCUGGGAUUGUACAUCGGGAUGUGACAGGUUACAACUGCUUCCAAGGCAUUGCUCCGUUGAAAAUCAUACGAAGAAGUACAAAUAUGAACUACUUGGUCGCCCUCUUAAGCUACCCUUCGAGAUAUGGAAACCAGCCCAGCAACCUCGCCGUGAAUGUCAGUGAACAAGUAACCGGCGAGCGAGAAGGCCGGCCACCCAUGAGAUAUUGCUCUCAGAACGGCUUCAUGGCUUCCCACCCAGCACAGCCUGCGACAUGUGGAGUUACAUGUGUGCACUCUCGGAAUUCUAUUUGGGAUUUCCCGUUAUCAGGAAUACAUUCGGAGGUGAUAUCACUCCCAGUAUGGUUGAAAGCCUUGGUCCACUUCCCGCCGAGUGGAAGGGGCGUCUUUUCUAGGAAUAUAAAGACCAUUAGCGCCUUCGAAAUCCUGAUAAAACGGUUGCGCCCCGACAUUGAUCAAGCCGAGCUUGAAGUUGCCUCUUCGUUGUUCCGCCGGGGAUUUUGCUUGGAACCAGAGAAGCGUCCAACUGCGGCUGAGCUUCUGCAGGAUCCCUUAUUCAAGGCUCUGAUGGACAGAUAUACUUGA